UUCUCAGCCCAGAACCAUGGUGUGUCAUGAGCAGAACAACAGCAGAUAACGUUAUUUUACGUUCACUUCUUUUGUCAGUAAACAACAUAAAGUUGGUGUAGAGGAGAAGACUGAUAUGUGAUAAGUGUGACUGUAUUUUUUUGUCUUAUCUGGCACCGUAGAAAGUCAGUCAAUGAACGUGCUCCGUUUAGUGGGUGGAAACGUAAAGUAUAAUCGCACAAUGUUUACGUUAAUACGGCUUUUCUUGCUGGUGAUAUCGCUGGCGGCUGCUGGAUUUUCUUUCCCGGAAUCGACGGCCUUGGAGCGAAAGCUUACGGCAUCUCUGAACCCCGGUUGCCCCGCUGAUAUUUGUCCUGAUAAUCCAACUGAUAGUCAGGUUACUCUAAUUUACAUUCGCGCGGAGGGAACGGUUGACACGAUCCACUAUGUUUGGGAUUUCACCGGAAAGCCGACAAUUCUUGUCGCCCUAACCGAGCGGAACGCUUCUCUGACAAUACGAUGGGAGCAUUUCUGGCAGGGCGAGCCAGAAUCUGUUAAAUUCAGUACUGAACCCAAAUAUAUGUUCAUGACGGUCAUUAACAGGAUAUUCCAGUUUGACGACCCAAAUGAUAAAGGAUUAUUUACAAGUGAUCUGCCAGUGCAUGUUUACGACCCGCAUCAGUUUCUUUGGAAUCGAACAUUAUACUGGUUUAACGAAAAAGAUGUGAUUGUGGCGUUGAAUGCUAACAAUGAUUUCCUAUUCAAGUUAAACGCGUAUUCCUCAAGGGAUCACGGGAUGGAUUACCCGCAUCUCCUGCAUACAUCAAAUUCGACACAGAUCGAUAUCGUCUUUAAUAAUGUUAGCGCUAAAUUUGCUCGGCCCCGAUUUGCGAUUGAACUUCUGUUCGUGGUUUCGGAACAAGCCGUAGCUGGAUCGAACUUUCAGGUGACCCAACGAAAAGGUUUGGACGAUGAGCAUACGCCGGGUAUAUUCGAAAUCAUUGACGUGCUGUCCCCGGGUGCAUUUAAAUUCUCUACCGGAGGCUAUAUCGAGUAUCGUCCAGUAUCCUACACCCACCCGGAGCGGGAUGUUUCCACUUCGACUGAAACCCACCAGAGCGAGCCAAAAACCAUCGAAUCGGCGUCGGACGAGCUGAACAGCACCCUCGCGUUCGCUUUCUAUGGACAGAAGUUGGACUCCCUGCUGGUGCAGGGAAUGAACAUUUCGUUCGGCCUCAGUGGUGAUGGAUUCUAUAGUAAAACUUAUUACACCACGAUGACACUCCAGGUCGGUUACGGUACUCCUCCGGUGGAACAACUGUCCGCGUUUGUGCUUGUUGUAGCGGGAAUCGGAAUUGGCAUUCCGCUUGCUCUGUUGAUAUUCGGUGGUCUUUAUGUCUGUAUAAAGAAGCUUAGAACACAGACUGCCACGAACGUUUGACUGCUGUUAUGCCGCUGUGGGUAGAAUGUUGAGUUUAUGCUAGCAACCAAUACGUCCCCAGAUGACACCUUAAUUAGUAGUGCAUUUCUCACUUAGUUUUAAGCGUUGGAAAAAACAAGUAUUGGUAUAAUUAAUAUAUUAGGUCAAUAAAAUGGGAACUAGCUGAUAAGCUGAUAAUUCAAAAUAGUUCAAUUGUGAUAGCAGUCGGUUUGACUGUUGAGAGAGUUAUAAAGUUCAAUUUGCAGGAGCCAAUCA